AUAUUAAAAUAUUUGUAGUCGGGAAUCAUAUAGCCUGUCCCAGUCUCAUUUUUAUGCCCAAAGUCUCUUCCCCAGCUUCUUCCUGAUCACCAAACCCACCUCUCUUCUGAACCUUCUCGAGCGUACGGCUGACCGGCCAGAGCGAUCCAACGGUUGAGAUGGCCCUAUCGUACUUAGCCUCUUCUUCGUCUCGCUCCUAUCUCCUGAAGCCCCUCUCCGCCGCCUUAUCCUGCACCCCGUCUCUCCGCCGUCCGUUCUCCUCUGCCGCCGACGACACCAGAACCCUCACCAUCGAAACCUCCAUCCCAUUUACCGCCCAUCAAUGCGAGCCGCCUUCGCGCUCCGUGGACACCACCCCGAAGGAGCUCCUCACCUUCUUCCGCGACAUGGCGACGAUGCGGCGCAUGGAGAUCGCCGCUGACUCGCUCUACAAGGCCAAGCUGAUCCGCGGGUUCUGCCACCUCUACGACGGGCAGGAAGCCGUGGCCGUCGGCAUGGAGACCGCAAUCACGAAGAAGGAUAGCAUCAUCACCGCCUAUCGCGACCACUGCAUCUUCCUCUCCCGCGGUGGGACCCUCCUCGAAAUAUUUUCCGAGCUCAUGGGCCGCCAGGGCGGAUGCUCCAAAGGUAAGGGAGGCUCUAUGCACUUUUAUAAGAAGGAGGCUGGGUUUUAUGGUGGUCACGGUAUCGUCGGGGCUCAGGUACCACUGGGUGUUGGCUUGGCCUUCGCGCAGAAGUACUCUAAGGACGGGACUGUGGCGUUCGCGUUGUACGGUGACGGUGCGGCUAAUCAGGGCCAGCUGUUCGAGGCCUUGAAUAUAGCCGCGCUUUGGGAUCUACCAGCGAUUUUGGUCUGCGAGAACAAUCAUUAUGGUAUGGGAACGGCGGAGUGGAGAGCAGCAAAGAGUCCGGCCUACUACAAGCGUGGGGAUUAUGUUCCUGGAUUGAAGGUAGAUGGCAUGGAUGUCCUUGCAGUGAAACAGGCCUGCAAAUUUGCCAAGGAGCAUGCUUUGAAGAAUGGCCCCCUUAUUCUUGAAAUGGACACCUACAGGUACCAUGGUCAUUCCAUGUCUGAUCCUGGAAGCACCUACCGCACUCGUGAUGAGAUUUCUGGUGUGAGACAGGAGCGUGAUCCAGUUGAAAGAGUGAGAAAACUGUUAUUAUCUCAUGAUCUAGCUACUGAAAAGGAGCUAAAGGAUAUGGAGAAGGAAAUAAGAAAAGAAGUUGACGUAGCCAUUGCUCAAGCCAAGGAAAGUCCGAUGCCAGAACCUUAUGAACUCUUUACCAAUGUGUAUGUGAAAGGUUUAGGAGUUGAGGCAUUUGGACCUGAUAGGAAAGAAGUCAGAGCGUUGCUUCCAUAAGUUGACGAAUAUGCAGAAAGUUGCCAAAAUCCCUUGAACACCCCUUUCCUACCCAGAUAAACCAAACCCACUUAAUUACAACAAUAAAAAGGUUUUGAGUGUAGAUGGUCGUCUCUCCGACUUUGAUGUUAACUCUUUUGUUUGUAUAGGAAACUGAUUCCUGUGAAGCUUUGGCAGAAUUGUUACAUUCUGCGUUCUAUUUUUGGA